CAUUUUUACCGUGCGGUUCGCGUGAAUUUCAGGCGCUGCGAAAAACUAGAAAAAACCAUUUAAAAUCAAUAAUUUUAUUAAUGAAACAACUGUGAAACAUUACAUUAGAUAUCAAAGUGAAAAGUGAGAGAGAGAGAGAGAGAGAGAGUGAGACCAUUGCAAACGCGAGAGAGAGGGAGGAUUGUGUGUGUUUCUGACAGCUAAUAUAAAUAGCUCGAGCCUCCGUAAUAAGGCCAUGUCCCUAACGUCUAUUUAAACGACAGCAAAGACCUGGAAUAAAAAUGAACAGAUUGGAAGAGACUCAGCUCCAGCAUCUGCUGACGAAUCUGGAAAAGAUUUCACGUCCGCAGUUGCCACAGAAGUUCUUGUCACUCUUCAAAAAGGGCACGACCUGCAGCUUGGAGGACUUUGCUGUGUACUUUCUGGCUGCCGUGCGCCAACACACGGAACAGCAUUUUCGCGGCAGCAAGUCGGACACGACACCCCAGUGUCUGACACCUGUACGACAGCCCAAGCCGCCGCCUGAAGACUCGCUCAACGAAUCUCUCACCAACCAGAGUGCAGCCAGUGCCAACUCCUCAAUGUGUACUCCAGGACGACAGCAGCAGUCACAGGGCCGAAGGUCCACAGGCAGCGGUCAGUUUUGCAGCACGCCUCAAAGCGCGAAUCGCAGCGGAGGUGCAGCUGGUGACCGUGGCCAAAGCUUUUGUCUGGGCGAUUUUCUAUCUAACACGCCGACCCAAGGACAGCAGCGAUCCACUAAGAAGAAAACCACUCCCCAGCAGCAGCAACAACAGCAGGCAAGCAAUGCUGCUGCCCAGGCAAAGCCCAGGCGACGUGUUCUCCCGAUGACUAUCAGUAAGAACGUCUCGGCCAGCUCGUCCUUUGGCGACGCCAGCUCCUUUAGCAACGACAACAAUUUAUGGCGCCUCUCGCAGUGCAGCGAAAUGUUUGAUUGCAGCCAGGGCGCCGCUUUGGACAUGGAGGCACGCAAAUCUCUACUCCUGCACAAGCAGGAGAUCAAAAGUGAAGCGCCCGUCAGUGUGGCCCCGGAGAGAGGACAAGAAGAUGAGGUCUCCAGCAUGCCAGAUCCGGUCCACGUCAAGCUGGACGAUGUGAAGAGUCCCGGCCAGCUGCAGGUGCUCUCGGCCAUCUAUGGUCAGCUAAUGGACCUCAAUCUGGUGCCGAAUGUGCUGGGAGAGUUGGGCUUUGUGCUGCAGCUGCUCAACGUACACGACGGGGAUGUGAGUCCGAGUCAGUCGGUCAAGGACCUGGAUCUGGGUACGCCACUGCAGCGGCUGGGCCUCUACCAGAACUGCAUUUACUUUGCCCUCCAGCUGCUGGAGCAUCAGCAGUAUCUUCUGCUGCAGCUGGACAGGAAAUCACUCGGCGUUCUGCUGCAACACGAGCGCCUGGGUCUGCUGCCACAGCCGCUGCUGCAGAAGUUGGAUGAAUCGUGCCAGCGUAAGCAGGAAUUGGCCAAGAAAGAGAUUACAUCCUCCUCCCUGACUGUGGCCUCGCCAGGGGGCCAGCAGAAUGUCUACUACCACGAGGAGAAGGAUUCGCGCGAUAACUUUCCCAACCAGAAUGAGUUCAGGGCCUUCAAGUCGCAGCGUGAUCUCUUCUACAAGGCCUUCAAGGUGUGGGAGACCAGCCACCUCAAUCGGGUGUUCUGCUUCAGUCGAGACGUCACGCCACGGGUGAGGGAAGUCUUCAAGGUGUCGGAGCAUGCCGUGAACAUGGCGCACUUUGCCAAGCUGUUUGUCAGCCAGCUGCUCAUCUCUGGCAGCGAGACGACCGAAUCUCCGGAGGAGCUGGGCCUCAAGUUGGACCAGCAGAGACUAAAUCGCCUAGCACAGCGACUGGUGACCUCCAAUUCCAGCGUUGAGGAUCAGUUUCCCCGCUCGCAGGCUUUCUUCCGCGACUUUAUCAGCGAAUGCGCCUCCAUGGCGUUUCUGGUGCAGCUCAAGCUCGCGCUCUAUGUCCAAUUGGUGCGCCACAAUGACUCCACCUUCGAGUUGCAGCAGCUGGCAGAGGAUGUGGUGGAGGAGGAGCGCGCCGCCCAGCAGGGCGGACCCUUCAUUGUGCGUGCCCAAACCAUGGCCAAUAUACUGAUUCUGGCAAAGUUUCUCGGCUAUGUGACGGCCCUGCCCUACAAUCGUUGUGCCGGUCAGCCGCAAACGUAUCUCUGCCAGCAGCAGCUGCAGCUGCGCAGCCACUUCCAGCCGGACUUUAAUCUUCGCGAGCUCCUCGAACGCUCGAUGGCGAAUGGCAAGCUGCUGAUCACUCUGCCCUGGCUGGUGCAGUAUCUGGUGAUGCUGGACCUUGUCACGCUCCAACUACCCAACACGCUGGCCACGCUGGAGCUCCUCUAUGCCCUGUAUGCCGCGAUGCCGGCAGAGAAACUGCAACCAGGUGCCGUGUUCAUUGCUAGGAGCUGUCUGGGUUGGCUCAUGGAGGCACAGCCGGAUCUGGUCACUGGCUACUACAGCCACAGGGCCCUGGAGGCAGCGGGUGCGGGUCCCGCCGCAUAUGCAGCCAUUGUCGAGAGCUGCCUGAGCACUUUUCGUUCGUUGAAGGCGUCGCAUGUGCCGCAAAUGGAGGAACUACUGCCGGUGGCCUGCCCCUACCUACACGAGUUUCGUGUGAGCAUCACGCCCUCGCGGCAAUCCCAGAGCACUGGACGAAGCGGCCGUUUCCGGUACAUAACCACGCGUCUGGAGCAGCUCACUCAGAGUGCAGCCGCCGCCACGUCCUCUGCAACGGGCCAUCCGGCGGUGGUCGCGGUGGAGCUCAGUCCAGCGGAACAGCAGCAGCGGAAGCUGGCGGAUGCCUUCCUCCACUCGCAGAACGCCUCAACGCGACGCCUCAUCGAGUUCGUGACGGAGCGCAGCUUCAAGUGCGUGGUAAAGGAUGCCCAGCAGCAGAUUCUGCUGCCCUCCAAGGCGGCAGCCGAUAGUCGGGUCAACGAGAUCAGUUCCAUGCAGUAUCAGGAGGUGUUUGGGAGCAUACAGCAGAUCUAUCAAGAGACCAAAUCGCAGGCCUGUCAGCACUGGGCGGAACAAGUGCCACGAAUGCUAAAGGAGCGCAUUGAGAAAUCGCUGGAGGCACUGCUCCCGGAAAGCACCAACGAAGUGCUGCGAGCCACGUACGCCCAACUGAUACGUGGCCAGGCGCAGAUCCAGCUGCAGCAGUGGCUGCAGUCGAACGUGCUGCAGUCCAGCUUCUACCACGGGGAUCUUCAGGAGCUGACGGCCAAGGUGUGCCGCGCCAACAAGAACAAAUUGGAAACAGCUGGCAGCAGCAGUUCCAGCGAGAUGCAACUGACCCUGGACGUGGGCUUCAGUCUCUCCGACAUGCUCUACCAGCUGCAGCAGUGGCUGCACUGCGUCAGCCUGCGUCCGCAGAGCGUGGGCGAUGCACCCGAGCUGUGCAAGCUGCUGCAGCAGAUCGAACACGCCGUUCAGCUGCCCCAGCUGCCGACCGUCUUUUAUCACUUGGUUGGCUCCUGCUUGGUGCGACUUGUCCAGCUGCUGAUCAGCCGCGAGCCGCGGCUCCUGACGCCACAAAUACUCUCUGCCAGCUGCGCCGUGUGGCGAACACCUCAGUACUCGGCCAGCGAGCCAGCUUCGCCGGGUAUUUUUGAUGCUCUGCUCACUGUCAACUUUAUCCAUGAGGUGGGUGGCAAAGCGAUAAGCUUACGCUUGCUGGAGCAACUCCUACUCACCAUGCUGGAGGAGGGAGUACUGAAUGUCGAUCAGUUAAAUGAACUGUUCCUGCCGCUCUUCAAGGAGAACUGGCCACCGGCCGUCUGGAGUGCCCUCUCCCAAAUGUUGCAGCACCUAUCGCAGGGUCAAUACAUUGCGGACAAAGAGGGGGAGAUCAAGAGUCCCGAGGACGAGGCCAAGUCGCAUUUAUUUAUGGAGAUGCUGGCGGAUUUGUCCCGUGAUAUGGACAGUUUCUAAACCCCCAAAACGAAUUUGUAUUGCUUAAGUUUUGUGUGCGUGUACUCUUUGGCCUUCCUAAAUAAAGGAGGUUGCUCUUUCCAACUUUGUGUA